UGGGGAUCAGCACACCACCUUACUAACUUCCUGUGUGAUGCCCUGAUUGUUUAUAGUUUAGUGUUGAGUGAUAUAGAAAACAGACUGGAGCAGAGCGUCCUUGGGUGUACAUCUUACAGUCCCCAUCUCCAAGUUUAAGUACUUCAUCAUGGUGAAAAAUACAUAUGGUAAAACUGCCUGGGGAAAGGCAUUUCUAGAUGCUAUGGGGAGAAUAGAUAUGAAUGCCAGAUUGGGAAGAGGUAAAAGUUAUGCAAAUACUGGUAAAGUGGUGAAAAUCACUAUCAAUGGAUCACAGGUCAAGGCAAAGGUGAUGGGGCAAAUGAUAUAUACAGUAGAUGUGUUGUAUGAAAACUUCAAACAAGCCAAGAAAAACAUUGUGUAUUCCUUAAUUGAACAGAAUCCAUUACUAUAUGGCCAUAUAAUCAAUGGUGAACUACCUGCUGAGCUGAUUGGAAUGAUUGAAGAGGCGAAGGUGAAUUUGUUUCCCCAACGUUGGAGUGAUAUGAAAGCCAAGUGCAGUUGUCCAGACUUUGGUAAUCCUUGUAAGCACAUGGCAGCAGUAUAUUUCCUGAUCACGUCAGAAAUUGACAAGAAUCCUUUUACAUUGUUCACCCUACAUGGUAUGGAUCUUGUUAAACAUUUCAAUAUUAAAGUGUCUGAGACUGAACCAGGAUACCCACUGCCAAUUCAUCCAGCUAAACAUGUUAAGGAUGAGAUCGAUGAGACCGACGGAGAAUUUGACCACAUGAAUGAACUAAAGAAGUGUGAACUGUUGAAGAUUCCAUCUUUGUCAGGAUUUAUUUUAGACUGUCUGAGUAGUAAUCCACCGUUCUCAUCACAGUUGGACUACAAAGAGGUUAUGCAGGAAUUCUACAGCUUUACUGCCAAGAAAGGACGAGAGAUGUUAAUGCGACUGAGUGGUGCUGGCAGCAAAGAAGAAGGCUGGCUCUCAGAAUUAGAUUUGGAUGACGUACAUCGUGUUCUAUCACAGAGUGAAUUUCGUCUGUCAUUGGAUGAUAAGUUUAAUAGUAGAUCUGUGUGGAUACAUAAUGAAUUGUGGGAUGAAGAUUUGAAUCCAAAUCAGUUGUUUCAAAGCAUGCCAUUUACAACUGAGAUGCUACAGGAAGAUGGUUUGUCACAGAGAUGGGUAAAGCUGGACAUAUUGAUUGCAAUACAGUUGUUGUUUCAUAUCAGCAAUGACUUUGGAAGUUCUAGUUAUCACUAUUUUUUCUAUGCAAGUCGUGUUGCGUUACAAAUCAUGUCAGGACAGGCCUUCGUUCCUGAUGUGCUGCCUCUUACCACUCAUGGUGAUGAAAAGAUUGCUAAUUUUAAGAUUAUUUGGAAACCUCUGUUUACUUGUAGCACAGUGGAAGAACAGCUCAACAAAUUGGCAAAUCUUUAUCCAGGUAAGCCAUGUGUGAAUGUUGGUAAGAAAGACCUGGACGGCAAGUCAGCUGGUUUGCAUUUCAUGUCUGUAGUCUUCACUCGCUACGUUCGAGAUCUUGGAUUCAUGCAUAAAAAACUGAAGAAUAGUCCUCCCAAAGAAUCUUUGGCAUUCUUCCAUGGUAACAUAUUUCAAGUACUCUCUCUAGCAGAGAAGAGCAUUCCCAAGUCUAUUGCAAAGUACUUUGGUGUUUUUGAUUUGAUGAAGACUGACUUUGAAGUAUCUGUGCAUGUGAAUCAGCUUGCUGGGAAUAUAUCUAUUAAGCAAGAAUAUGAUGAUGUGGAUCUUGGCAUGUCUUUGAUAGAUGAGUAUCAAAUGGGUUUGUGGUUAAAACCUAAGAAAGUUGACCGUGCUGAAAGUCUCCCUGUACGAACGUACAUGAAACGUUAUCCGAAUACGAGAAAUCAGGUGUUAAAGUUUCUGUCCACUCUGGUGCCGUACUUGAAUCAAGUAGAACGAUUGAUGAUAUCUGAUGCUGUACCAAUGUCUAGUGAUGAUCUGGAAUCUUUUAUACUGGAAACCAUCAGAAUUUUCACCAACCUUGGUGUUAAAGUUGUCCUGCCAAAAGAACUCAUGAAAGUUUUGAAACCCAGAGCUGUAAUACAUGCUGAAAGCAAGGACAGUUUGUCUGGAGCCAGUCAUCAAAGUUUCUUUACACUCGACCAGAUGUUAUCCUAUGAUUGGAAGAUUGCUAUUGGUGACGAGGUGAUAUCUGUAGCAGAGUUUCAGAAAAUGGUGCAGGCUGGCAAUAAAUUGGUAAAGUUCAAGGAUAAAUAUGUGUCAAUCAGUCCUGAAGAGAUGAGAAAUAUUCUGUCUAGUGUACAGAAACAGAUACCAAAGAUGUCAGCAUUGGACUUACUCAAAGAGUCUCUUGUGGUGGAUUCUCCAUUCCAUCUGUCAUCCGAUGUAGAAGGUUUCUUGAAACGCCUUAUCAGAGUUUCUGACUUCCCUGUACCCGCUGAGUUAAACGCUACACUACGUAAAUACCAAGUAAAUGGUUUCAAAUGGAUGGUUUCUAAUCUUCUCAAUGGAUUUGGGGUGAUAUUAGCUGAUGAUAUGGGUCUGGGUAAAACUAUUCAGACAAUCACCACAAUAUUACACUUAAAGCUGACUGGUCAACUGGUCAAACCGGUACUGUUAGUAGUGCCAACGAGCGUAAUGAGUAACUGGGAGAGGGAAGUAAAGAGAUUCGCACCAUGCUUGACAGUAGAGAAGUACUAUGGUACUGGCAGAGCAUUACCAAUUGACUCAAUGGAUGGUUAUGACAGUACAGAACCCGUACGUAAACGUAGGAAGACCAGCAGUAAUGGCAGCGAUAUUAUAAUGACAACCUAUCAACUGCUCUGGAGAGAUGUGGAGGUGCUACAGAAAAUGAAAUUUGGAAUGAUAGUUAUUGAUGAGGCUCAACACAUCAAGAACUUCAAAUCACAGACCAGUAAGUGUCUGAAGAAGAUCAAAUCACCGAUGCGUGUUGCUUUGUCCGGUACACCAGUGGAAAACAAACUGUCUGAACUGUGGUCUGUGUUUGACUUUGCUAUUCCAAAGUAUCUUGGCACUAUAAAGGACUUCAGUGACAACCUUGCUAAACCAAUUGAAAUUGAGAGAGAUCCAGAAAAGCUGUGUAUCCUGAAAUCCAUCACUGCACCAUUCUUGAUGAGAAGACUUAAAACUGAUAAGAAUAUAAUCAAAGAUCUACCAGAUAAGGUUAUAGACAACAAGUAUGUAAGUCUGUCUACAGAACAGGCUGCCCUCUAUGAGAGCUUAGUACGAGAGAUGAUGCAGAAAAUCAUUGAGUGCAAAGAGAAAGGACAGAGGAACAAAUACAUCUUUAAAAUCCUGACACACCUGAAACAAAUCUGUAAUCAUCCAGCCAACUACCUUGACAGUAAACCAUCCAUAGUAGAGCACUCUGGAAAGAUGAAAAUGUUGGUUGAAUUGUUAGAACCAAUACUGCAGCAGGGAGAGAAAGUGUUGAUCUUCUCCCAGUAUGUUAGAAUGAUAUCACUAAUGGCCAAGAUGCUGGAACACCACUUCCACAUUAAACCACUAACCUUAGAAGGUUCCAUGUCGCAGAUUAAGCGUGAUAAAGUCAUCCACGCCUUCAAGACUGAACCACAUCAACAGGUGUUUAUUAUCUCCCUGAAAGCAGGUGGCACUGGAUUGAACUUGACAGAAGCAAAUCAUGUGAUACAUUAUGACCUGUGGUACAACCCGGCAGUAGAAAACCAGGCAACAGACAGAGCAUAUCGUAUUGGGCAGUCCAAGUCUGUCUUUGUCUAUCGAAUGAUUACAGAGAAGACAUUUGAAGAAAGGAUAGAUGAGAUGAUUGUAAAGAAGAAAGAUCUGUCUGACUUGUCGGUUAACGUUGGUGAGCAAUGGAUCGGCAGUAUGAGUAAUGAUGACCUCAGAGCUUUGUUUAGCAGAGGAUAAGAGUCUGGAUAUAGUUCCAGUUUUGGCUACUGCAGCUCAUAUUAGCUCAUUAAGCUUAAGGCAGAAAUCCAAGCCAGUAAUUAAGCAUUUUUCCGUUACAUACAACUGAGAAUACCAUAAUCGAAAAAAUUGGUACAAAGCAUUUUAAAGAAUUAUGGUAAACUACUUUCAUUUCACAAGACAAAUUUGUGUCAGUCGGAAAACUCAUUCAAAC